AAACCAAAAAGCAAAAUCACCAAAACCCAAAUUCGUUCACGACAUCUGAGCAAUUUCUUAGCUAUCUGAAUAGAAGUAGUUCGCAUCCGAUCUGAAUUUAUUGAAUCUGUUUUGUAUUGAAAAAAUUAAGGGGAUCGAUGGGGGCGCUGAUGUCGAAGAUGUGGUUCAUGAUGUUUCCGGCGAAGGAGUACAAGAUCGUGGUGGUGGGGCUGGACAACGCCGGCAAAACGACGACGCUUUACAAGCUUCAUUUGGGGGAGGUGGUCACCACGCAUCCAACUGUCGGCAGCAACGUUGAAGAGGUCGUCUACAAAAAUAUUCGAUUUGAGGUGUGGGAUCUUGGUGGGCAAGAUAGGCUGAGGACGUCGUGGGCAACUUAUUAUCGUGGGACACAUGCUGUUAUUGUAGUAAUAGACAGCACCGAUAGAGCCAGGAUCUCGAUAAUGAAAGACGAGCUAUUCAGUUUGCUUCCAAACGAGGAUCUCCAGAGUGCAGUGGUGCUCGUGUACGCAAACAAACAGGAUCUGAAGGACGCAAUGACCCCUGCUGAGAUAACUGAUGCCCUAUCCCUUCACAGUAUUAAGAAGCACGACUGGCACAUCCAGGCUUGCUCUGCACUAACCGGUGACGGCCUAUAUGAUGGUUUGGGGUGGAUCGCACAAAGAGUCGCUGGAAAAGCAACGAGCUAGAAGUACUCGACGGAGAUGUUUCGUUAUCAUUGAAUGGUAAAUCAUGUGAUGUACCUUCUAAUUCACUGCAACUGGAUACACGCACAUUGCUCUUUGUUAAAGGCAGGCAGUUGUUGGCAUGCUGUUUAAUCUAUUUCUUGAUUUCUGACCUAUAGUUGCUGUCUUGAAAAUGUCACAUACCAAAUUUUUACUCUUUACAAGAAGCUGACGCCUUCUCCAUUUUAUCUA